AUGAAUAAAACGAAUCAUAUAUUAGAACACUUGCAGACUUUAGAACCUAGCAGGACAAAAAGAGGUCUUAUAGACGGACUAGGAUCACUAGUUAAAAGUAUAACAGGAAAUUUAGAUUAUCAGGACGCUAUAAGAUAUAAUAAAGCACUUGAAGUUUUAGAAAAUAACCAAAAUAAAAUUAAUUCAGAACUUAGUAACCGCGCUAGCUUGAAUAAGGAUUGGAUGAAAGAACAGAGCAGUGUGUUAGAAAGACUAGUUCAAAAUCAAAUAGAAAUUAACAAUACCUUACAAUCCUGGUCUGAAAAAGAUAGUUAUAGAGAGAAUAGUUUCCACAGAUACGGUAGAUUCACCCAAACCUUAACAAUCAUUACCGAAAACGCUAAUGACGUAUUAAAUGGAUUAAUUAAUAUAGAGAAUAUGUUAGCUUUUACUCGUACAACCACGACUCAUCAUUCGAUGAUUAGUCUUAAAGUACUUAGGUUAAUGUUAAGCAAGCUUAGGUUAGUUUACGGCCCGGAACAAGUAGUGGACUUAGAAUUAAGGGACUAUUAUACCUUGAUAAGAUCCGGUUCAUACUUCGUUAAUAAACAGAUCGUAAUAAUUUUUAAAUUCCCUAUAGUUUCAAAGAGUACUUAUGACUUGUAUAGAUUAUCCUUAGCUCCCAAUAGAUUUCACCGAGUAAUUAUCUCACCUUCUCCUUUCCUAGCAAUUAAUAGAAAAGAAUUUGUGUACAUAGAGGCUGAAUGCCCGAAGUACCAUCACCUGUCCCUUUGUGACGAGACUUCCCACAGGAGGAUACGCACUACGUCAGACUGCAUUCAACAGAUCAUCUUGAGGCAAACUAUCGAAGAAACCUGCAUAUUUUCGACGGUCCAUUUACUAAAAGAAACUGUAGAGCAACUGGAUGACCGCAGCUACAUCAUAUCGUUCCCAAAAGCAGCAAAGGUUCGACUCAGCUGUGGCACAGAAGCAUACAAUGUACUGAAUGGUAGCUUUCUCGUUACGCUACCCCUGCACUGCUCUCUGCAAUCUCCUGAAUUCACUAUUUUAAACUCAGAUGAUGCUAUACAAGGGCAGCCACUGAAAAUUAUGAAGAUAGAACAGAGUAUAGACACCGCAAUACAAGGGACUCCACAUCAUCACAUCUUACAUCUAUAG